AUGGCGGUAAAAGUAAUCAAGAACUACCGAGUCAGCCCCGCGAUUGAUUCGUACCACGACUCAGUCGACCCCCUCGUUCUCCCACUCACUUUUUUCGACUUACAGUGGGUAAGAUCUCAUCCAACCGACCAAGUCUUCUUCUACAAACUCUCAGAGUCAUCUCGCGAGUUUUUUCACUCUGUGAUUCUCCCCAAGCUCGAUCUCUCUCUCUCACUUGUCCUUCGACACUACCUCCCGUUCGCCGGUAGCCUCAAAUGGGACCCACAAGAUCCUAAACCCCGUAUCUUUGUCUUCGGACAUGACACUGUCUCGCUAACAGUGGCCGAGUCUGACGCGGAGUUUUCCCUUAUUUCCGGAAAAGGGCUACGUCCUCAGUCGGAGUUACGUGUCUUGGAUUUGACUCCAACUUUGGAUCGUACUCUCAUCGAAGUUCCACCGGGUCUUGAAUCGAAGAUUUUGGAAUCCAUGUCGUACUUCUCAGAUGACAAAGAUGGCAAGAGAACUAUGAAGCCACCUCCGACGGCGGAGACUCGUACCGAUCUUGUCCGGAUCACACUCGAGCUGACUCGGGAGAAUGUCGAGAAACUUAGGAAGCAAGCCAAGCGAGAGUCAACUUGCUCUCAGCUUGAGCUUCGUGAUUUGUCAACGUUUGUCGUCUUAAACGCCUACGUUUGGAGCUGCCUGGUGAAGGCGCGUGGAGGCAACGAAGAGAGGCCAGUGCUUUUCAUGUACGCAGCCGAUUUUAGGAACCGGUUAGAUCCACCGGUUCCUGAGAGGUAUUUGGGGAAUUGCGUGUUCCUUAUCACUUGCACUGGAUACAAAGCAAAUACAUUGUUGGGAAGAGACGGCUUCGUCAAUGUCGUCGAGAUUAUUAGCGACUCAGUCAAAGGUUUGAGUUCACGAGGGAUUGAAGCACUUUGCGAGUCCUACAUUGAUGCAAUGUAUUAA